AUGUUGCCCGUCUAUCUUACUGAAACCUAUGCAAUCCACAACAAGCUGACGAACAAAAGAAUAUAUCCGAUAAAAGAAGUGGACGGCUCAGGACGAACUGGAACUUUUAUAUGCAUAAACGAACUGUUAGAUAUCAUCAGACAGGACGUUAUCGGUGCUACAGUGCCAGUGGCCCAGUUUGCCCUACGACUGGCUGCAGCCAGGCCACAGAUGAUCUCCUGUGUAGAACAGUACGCCUUCAUUUACGCCGUAAUCUCCGAAUGGGUGAGGUCAGGCGGCAAGACAGCAGUGCCGGUGGCAAUGCUGCCGGUGGCAAUAGAGGAACUCAAAAAACCACCCAAAUCGGGUUUUGGAAUUGGCUGCUGUUCCAGCAAGUACGAGGCCGAAUUCACGCAAACAACUAUGAUUCUCACAAAACAGAAUUGCAAACGCAUCGCUGCUAUUCCAUUGGAAAUAUACGAUGGUUUGGACACGAAGUCUAGCUCAAAACAAUUAAUUCAGGACAGUGGACCGGAAAAAUGA